ACUUGUUGGUGGAGCCUCUACCAAUUCUUGAUAGCAUUCUGACAAACACUAUGCCGUAGAAAAAAAAAACUCCACUAUUCGUAGCAUACGCGGGCGUUUUCUACAUAAGAGCCACCGCCAUGUAUGAGUUUUUUUCUUCACCCCUCCACCCACAUCCCUUUUCUCACACAUCACAUUCUUUGAUCUCAUCAUGAUCUCUACACUCGCUUUACUGGGAGCAGCUACUCUUGCUUCCGCAGCCCCUGUUGCCGAAGCACCUUCUUUCGACUACGUUAUUAUCGGAGCUGGUACAUCGGGUUUAGUGAUUGCGAACCGACUCACUGAACUCGCAGAUGUGUCCGUGGCCGUGAUCGAAGCUGGGAGCUCCGUACUAGAUAAUGUGGAUGUUACUGGAAUUGAUGCGUAUGGUGCGGCUUUCGAUACACCAAUCGAUUAUGCUUUCGCAACAACCGAGCAGAAAUUCGGUGAUGGAGCUUCGAAGAUUAUGAGAGCAGGGAAGGCAAUUGGUGGCACCAGUACCAUCAACGGUAAUUAUUUCACGUCUUUAAGUGCUGUAGACACCAGCUAACAUAAUUAUUAGGCAUGGCCUACACCCGCGCAGAAGAUGUUCAAAUCGACGCUUGGGAGUCUCUAGGCUCUGAGAAUUGGAACUGGAAGACCCUUUUCCCAUACUAUCUCAAGUCGGAAUCUUUCGAGUCACCAGAUGCAGGUCAACUUGCCAAGGGAGCAACCUUUGAUCCAGCAUUGCAUGGAACUUCUGGGCCUCUCAAGGUUGGAUGGGCCCAAGCUGCGACCAUGAUGGACGUUGAGCAACCCCAAAUCCUCAAUGCUACCUACGAGGCACUUGGUGUCGAUUACAGCAUCGAUGUCAACGGUGGUGAAAUGACAGGGUUCUCUCUCUACCCAAAGACCCUUGAUACCGAGCUCAACAUCAGACACGAUGCUGGUCGUGCUUACUAUUACCCUAUCCAGAGCCGUUCCAACUUGAAACUUUUCUCUGAGACUACUGCCAACAAGAUGGUUUGGUCUCCUGUCGCCAACGGCGAUGCUGUUGCUUCAGGUGUCGAGGUUACCGAUGCUACAGGAAACACCUUUGUCAUCAACGCCAACAAGGAGGUCAUCUUGUCAGCUGGUGCUUUGAGAUCUCCUCUCCUUCUCGAAGCUUCGGGUGUUGGAAACUCAACGUAUGUCUCCCGAUCAUUCACAUACUAGUACUCGCUAAUUCUAUGUCAGAAUCCUGUCCAACCUUGGUAUUGAUGUCGUUGUUAACCUCCCAACUGUCGGAGAGAACCUCCAAGAUCAAAUGAACACCGGUCUCGCUGGUACUAGCUCAGCUAACCACUCAGGAAAUGCUGGAUACGUCUUGUACCCAACAGCUGCCGAAGUCUUCGGAGACGAUCUGGACGCCGCCAAAGCCAGUAUUGACCUGGCAGAUUAUGCUCGUCGUACUUCUGAAGCCAACAACGGCGUUACUUCCGCUGCUGAUUUAGAGAAGUUCUUUAAGAUGCAAUUCGAUCUCGUUUUCGAGAAGAACAUUACCAUUGCCGAGAUCCUUAUCACUCCAGCUGGCCAUAUUUACGACAUUGAGUACUGGGCUGUAAGUGAUCCACUUCUGACCCAUCUAUGUUGUCUGCAGAAAUACUAACCAGCAAUAGCUCAUGCCAUUCUCCCGCGGAAGCAUCCAUCUUACAUCCGCCAACGCAACCGCAGCAGCAGCAAUCAACCCAAACUACUUCAUGCUCGAAUGGGACGCCCUAAGCCAGGGAGCAGUCGGCAAGUACAUCCGAAAGAUCAUCAACACUGCACCACUCAGCGACUCUCUCACCAGCGAGACAACCCCAGGUCUUUCCGUCGUCCCACAAAACGCUACUGACGCACAAUGGGCAUCUUGGGUCAAGACCUCUUACCGAUCUAACUUCCACCCCGUUGCAACCGCCGCCAUGAUGCCAAAAGAGGUUGGAGGUGUCGUUGACAGCAACCUCAAGGUUUACGGUACCACCAAUGUCAGAGUCAUUGAUGCUUCCAUUCUUCCUUUCCAGGUUUGUGGACAUCUUGUUAGCACUUUGUACGCUGUGGCUGAGAGAGCUGCGGAUCUCAUCAAGGGAUCUUUGUAGACACUGGAGUGUGGGAUGUGUAGAUAAAAAAGGAUUAUUGUACAUAUAAACGCUUACUAUGAGCGUAGUAUUUGGAUUUGGAGGGUCCUGGAUCUCCUGUAGUUAUAGAUGUAAAUUUCCUUAUACUUUUACUUAAGAAUAUUUCUCAAAAU